AUGUCACCAUCUGUUGAACAAUACCCCCCCUCCAAACACCCCCUCCCCCAGCAAGAAAGAAAAGAAAUAGGCAGAAUAGACGUUUUUUCCUCUUUGGACAUUCCAUACCCAACUGACACUCACGCACACGGUACACCCUUUCAUGUAGAGCUGGGUUCUACUUUUUUUUUUUUUUUUUUUUUCUUUCUCUCUCUCUCUCUUAAACAUUUCAGCUUUUUUUGCUCCCAGUUUUCUUUUACGGUUCUGUACAACACUCACACUUCCAGCUAUGAUUCUCUCUCUCUCUCUCUCUCUCUCUCUCUUGUACUUAAUGGGAUGAGAAAGACUUACCAUGUUUUUGAGGCCCAUGUCUCAUUGUUUUCUUCCUCCUCCUCUUCCUCCUCCUCCUCUUCUUCUUUGUCCUCCUCCUCCUCUUCUUCUUUUGUCCUCCUCCUCCUCUUCUUCUUUGUCCUCCUCCUCCUCUUCUUCUUUGUCCUCCUCCUCCUCUUCUUCUUUGUCCUCCUCCUCCUCCUCUUCUUUGUCCUCCUCCUCCUCUUCUUCUUUGUCCUCCUCCUCCUCUUCUUCUUUCCUCUUUCUCUCUCUUUCUCCCCACUCUCCUUCUCACUCUGUGCUUCUCUCUCCCCUAAUAUCUUUCCCAUGCUGCACAUCUCUUUCCUUUCAUUAUCUUUCUCAUGCUACGCCUCUCUCCAUGUUCCUUCUCAUGCUACGCCUCUCUCCAUGUUCCUUCUCAUGCCACGCCUCUCUCCAUGUUCCUUCUCAUGCCACGCCUCUCUCCAUGUUCCUUCUCAUGCUACGCCCCAACUUCCUUUCUCUCUUCUUCCACUCUCUCUUGCCCACCUAUCACCAACUCUCCACUUACCACAUCCUUUCUCUUUUUUUGCACACUUCUCUCUCUCUCUCUCCCACUCCUCUUCUCAAACUGUGCACUUCUCUCCCCAUCUUCAUUAUAUUGCUCAUCUUCUUCUUUCCUGA